CCGGCAGAAACUUUUCCCAUGAUUCUUCGCGUGCUGUUGCGUUUGUUUCAAACAUGGAGGAGAGGGAACGAGUGAGUGACAAGUGUGGCCGCGAAAAAGCUGUGUCACGAGCGGAGCACGAGCAGGAGGCAGAUUCCACCGAGCGAGAUGAUGAAGCAGACACAAUGAACGUUUGUUCCGAGCGGUUCGACCCGCUGCGGGCAUUGUACUCCUCGACCGCGCCGCCGCUUCCUUUCCCAAACAUCAAGUGCUUCAACAAUGUGGCGGAGUACGAGAGCCACCUGAAGGGAGGCCGGGGCCGAGCAAAGCCGGAGAACGUGGAGAAGAGGCGGCUAAAAGCCAUGAAAGGAGUGGCCGACCCGGAACGGAUCGAAAAGCUGAAGAAGCUGAUGGUGAACAACCCGGUGCCGGACUCGGAGGAGGGGGGAGGCAGCAGCCAGCCGAGGCGGAGGAGGAGGGAGAAACCUCAGAGGAAUGUCCUGACAAGGAUGCCCUUGUGUAAGGGCAGUCCUCUGGGAGAGCUGCACCGCUGCGUUCAGGACCGGAUCAGGGUCAAAGUUCACAUCAGGACCUUUAAAGGGCUGAGGGGAGUGUGCUCGGGCUUUGUCGUGGCCUUCGAUAAGUUUUGGAACAUGGCGAUGGUUGAUGUAGACGAGACAUACAGAGAGCCUCUGUUUGGAGAGGCACUCCACCACGAGAAGGCCCUCACAGUUACACGGCUCUUUGAGAAGCUGCGUCUGCAGGAGAACCCAGGAGUGGCCGAUGCGGUGAAGAAGCAGGAAGCCCAGGGAAAAGCCAACGAGCCCAGAGAGACUCUGACAAGCCGCUCGGAUGGGCCUGAUACCACAGAGGACAGCGGGGUGGCCCGGUCCAGGCGGUCAGAAAGCGUUCCGAACAAACCGGACAAAGGGGACAUCUCUCAGGCUGGUCAGAAGUACGGGAAGGUGCGCACGCGCCACAUCAACCAGCUCUUUAUCCGCGGUGAGAACGUUGUUCUGGUGAACCCACAGCCACUCUGAUCUCUUUCUGAUUAUCAUCCGGGACAAUAGCGCGCCAUCGCUGCGACUUCAUUAGAUUCACAUGAAUCAAACUCAAACUGUUAUAUCAUAUUGAUAUGGCACAGAAAAGGAAUUAUUUUGAUUAAGUAAUAAAAGCUUCUUGAAAGUAA